AUGGCCUCUUUGAAUUGCUUAGCUCGAGCUCACAUAAUUGGUCCUUGGGGUAGCACCGUUGAAUCCUUGUUGGAACUUGGUGCACUCUGGGACUUGAUCGUAUCAGUUGCUAGUUCUGUGAUGGUUGAAAAGUUAGGUUUGAAGACGACAAAACAUCCCAAUCCUUACAAAUUACAGUGGCUGAAUGACAGUGGAGAAAUUAAAGUGACUAAGCAAGUUUUAGUGUCGUUUGCCAUUGGAAAAUACAAGGAUGAAGUACUCUACGAUGUUGUUUUGAUGGUUGCAAGCCAUUUGCUAUUGGGUCAUCCAUGGCAAUUUGACAAGAAGACGACGAUGAUGGAUUUACUUAACGAUAUUCUUUUAUGCAUGCAGAAAGCAGAUCACCUUAGCACCUUUGACCCCGAGUCAAGUGCAAGAAGACCAAGUAAAGUUGAGAAAGAAUAUCGAGGAAGUUUGUCGAAAAAGAAGAUGAAUGUGUAUGCAAGCAAGAAGGAAAUCAGAAAUGUCUUUCCUCUCAAAGAAUAUAUGCUUAUUUUGUUGUUUAAAGAUCAUUAUUUAUUGUCUGAGAUUCCUAGUGAUUUGCCUGCUUCUAUUUCAUCUCUUUUGCAGGAAUUUGAAGAUGUGUUUCCAGAUGAAACACCUAAAGGCUUAUCCCUUCUUCGUGGCAUUGAGCACCAGAUUGACUUUAUUCCAGUUGCCAUGAUUCUGAAUAGACCAACAUAUAGAAGUAACCCCGAAGAGAUGAAGGAACUUCAACGACAAAUUUCUGAGUUGUUGGACAAGGGUUACAUUUGA